UCCACUUGAAAGCCAUCCUGAUCUCGUAUUAAUUAUUGCAUCAAUUGUUUCUUUUUUUCUCAUUUUCUCUCAAAAUUUUAUAAUUUUGAGACCGUUGAAGCUGCAGAUUUGUUACAAAUCAACGACAACCACUACUUAAGCUCUUCAAAAAAUGGCUGAACAAAUCCCAUUCAAUAUUAUAGCUGACGUUUUAACCAAGUUAGGCUCCUCGGCUAUUCAACAAAUUGGAUCUGCGUUUGGUGUGGCAAAAGAGUUAACGAAGCUUACGGAGAAACUGGACGCUAUCAGGGGUGUACUUCUUGAUGCUGAGGAGAAGCAGGAGAAAAGCCAUGCAGUAAAAACUUGGGUGAGGAGGCUCAAAGAUGUCGUGUAUGAUGCUGAUGACUUGUUGGAUGACUUUGCAACCCAUCAGCUGCAGCGUGGAGGAGUAGCAAGGCAGGUCAGUGACUUCUUCUCAUCUUCAAAUCAACUUGUAUAUCGUUUUAAGAUGAGUAGUAGAGUCAAGAAUAUCAAAGAAGAGGUUGAUGAAAUUGUAAAAGAAAUCGAUCUGCUAAAACUUGUUCAAGGGAACAUAGUUCACAGGGAGGUAGAGAGUAGUUGGAGAGAGACUCACUCAUUUGUGUUGACCUCUGAAAUGGUAGAAAGAGAUGAAGAUAAAGAAGAGAUAAUAAAAUUGUUGGUGUCAUCUGGGAAUGAAAAAAAUCUUUCUGCUGUUGCCAUUAUUGGAAUUGGGGGGUUGGGCAAGACCACUCUUGCUCAGCUGGUAUAUAAUGAUGAGAGAGUGGUAGACUUUUUUGGGCCUAAGAUAUGGAUUUGUGUUUCUGAUGAUUUUGACGUAAAGUUGCUGGUUAAAAAAAUUUUGGAAUCCUUGAGUGGAGUUGUAGAAAAAUCUGAGUCAUUGGAAGUUUUGAAAGUUUCCCUUCAUGAAAAACUAAGGCAGCAGAGAUACUUGCUAGUACUUGAUGAUGUUUGGAAUGAUGACUUCCAAAACUGGGAUAGAUUGAGGACCUUGUUGAUGGUUGGUGCUAAAGGGAGUAAGAUUCUAGUAACCACCCGAAAUAGAAACGUUGCAUCAACUAUGGGUAUUGAUCAUUUUCCUUUUUCUUUGAAAGGUUUGAAAGAAAACCAGUCUUGGAAUUUAUUUUCAAAAAUAGCAUUUGAAGAAGGACAAGAGAGAAUGUAUCCAAGACUUGUAGGAAUUGGAAAAGAAAUUGUGAAUAUGUGUAAUGGAGUUCCUCUUAUCAUCAAAACACUAGGAGCAAUAUUGCGCUUUAAAACUGAGGAACGUCCGUGGUUGUCCAUUAGAAACAAUGAAAAUUUGUUGCUAUUGGAAGGUGGAAAUAAUGAUAGGGCUUUAUCUGUGCUCAAGUUAAGCUAUGAUGAUCUAUCAUUCCAUUUGAAGCAAUGUUUUGCUUAUUGUGCAAUAUUUCCAAAAGACUAUGAAAUUGAGAAAAAAUUGUUGGUGCAAUUGUGGAUGGCACAAGGAUAUAUUCAAGCUUCAUAUGUAGGAGAUCGGUAUUUUGAGGAAUUAUUGUCAAGAUCAUUAUUAGAGGAGGCUAAAAAAGAUGUUUAUAAUAAUAUAUCAAGUUGUAAAAUGCAUGAUCUUAUACAUGAUCUUGCACAAUCUAUUGUUGGAUCUGAAAUCCUUGUUUUAAAAGAAAAUGUGGAGAACGAGAAGAUAUCAGAAAGAGUUUAUCAUGUGUCAUUCUUUAUGAUGUUGAAUAUCCAUUGGAAGGAUUUGAAACACAUAAGGACCAUUUUGAAAUUUAAUAAAUGGGUUGAAGCUAAUUAUUCAAUUCCUAAUACACUUAUUCCAAAUUUUAAGUGUUCCCGUGUGUUGAGCCUAACUGGAAUCGUUGCAAAAAAGAUACCAAAAUCUAUAGGUAAAUUGAGUCAUCUAAGAUAUCUCAAUCUUUCAUACAAUGAUUUCAAGGUACUCCCAAAUGCUAUUACAAGGUUAUAUAAUUUGCAAACAUUAAAACUUAUGGAUUGUAGAAAUCUAAAAGAAUUUCCCAAAGACAUAAGGGAAUUGAUUAAUCUUAGGCACUUGGAGAAUGAUAGGUGUGAAAGUUUGAGUUAUAUGCCAUGUGGGAUAGGGAGGUUGACUUUGCUUGAAAGCCUACCACUGUUUGUUAUUGGAACUGGGAGUAAAGUUGGCAGAUUGAGUGAAUUGAAAAGGCUAAACAACCUUCGAGGAAAGCUAUGGAUUAAAAAGCUUGAAAAUGUAAGGGAUGCUAACGUAGAAUCCGAGGAAGCAAAUUUGGGGGAAAAACAAUACAUCGAGUCCUUGGAAUUAGAAUGGUCAUAUGGUGAAGAAGCUCAAGCUCAAUCGGGUGAGGAUGCUGAGUCAGUGAUGGUAGGCCUACGACCACAUCGAAACCUGAAGGAGUUUUUUAUAACAGGAUAUGGAGGUAGGGGGUUUCCAAGUUGGAUGAUGAAUGGUGGUUUGAGUUGUAGACUCCCUAACCUCAGCACAAUUAAUUUGAAAAGUUGUUUAGGAUGCCAGAUUCUACCGCCAUUUGUUGAACUCCCUCACCUCAAGUCUCUGAAGCUUCAGUGUUUAGAAAAGGUGGAGUACAUGGACCACUGUUCAUCCGAAGGGCCAUUCUUCCCAUCACUUGAGUACCUUGAACUCGAGCGCAUGCCAAAGUUAAAGGAGUUGUGGAGGAGGGACUUAUCUCCAACACACCCACCUUCAUUUCCUUGUCUUUUAGAAUUAACACUCACAAAUUGUGAUAAGUUGGCAUCCUUGGAACUACAUUCAUCCCCUCUUCUUUCCAAGUUAGAGAUUAAAGAAUGUCAUAAGCUAACAUCCCUGCGACUGCCUUCUCCUAUUCCUUCACAAUUAAACAUUAGGGCUUGCCCCCGACUAUUUUCUCCACCUUCACCUCCGCCUCCACCUCCACCUCCACCUCCACUUUUUAUAACAGACCGAUCAUUGAAUCGAAAAAGUUACUAGUUCAAGGUUCACUGAUCGAACCGUGGUCGAAUCAGUGACGUCAUAAAUAUAUAAUUUAUAUAUUAUUGAAAUUAAAAUAAUUAUAAAAAUAAAAAUAAUAUAAUUUAUAUAUUCGAAGGAAUAAGACAUAAUAGUUUUGAAAUUAUCGUGAGAAUCAAAUUAUUUUAUGAAAUUAUUGUUUUAAAGAAAUUAUUUUUGUCCAAACACAUUAGAGAAAAAGAAACUGCAUUCAUCUCCUCUUCUUUCCAAGUUAAAGAUUACACAAUGUCCUAAGCUGACAUCCCUGCGACUGCCUCCUUCUCUUCUUUCGCAAUUAGAUAUUCGGUAUUGUGGUGACUUGGCAUCCUUGGAACUGCAUUCGUCUCCUCUUCUUUCUAGUUUAGACAUCAGGAAUUGCCCCCAACUGACAUCUUUACUAUUUCCUCCAUCUCCCUGCCUUGAGAAGCUGUACCUAUGUAAAGUCAAAGAGGUGGUACUACGGGAGUUGAUGUUGGCUACUGCUUCUUCAUUGGAGUCUGUGUCUGUUGAAAGCAUAGAUGAUUUGAUGUCUCUGCCAGACGAGCUUCGUCAACAUGUUUCCACUCUCCAAACUCUCAAAAUUUGGGACUGCUCUCGUUUGGCAACAAUACCACGCUGGAUAGGCAACCUCACCUCACUUACAGAGCUUGGAAUCGGAUACUGCCCUGAAUUGACAUCAUUGGCCCAAGAGAUGCGCUCCCUCACCAACCUACGUUCACUCUCAAUUGACUACUCUUGUGGUUUAGCAUCAUCACCAAACUGGAUAGGUGGCCUCACCUCACUGACUGACCUUGAAAUUUGUUCUUACUCUCAAUUGACAUCAUUGCCAAAAGAACUGCGUUCUCUUGGAAUCCUCAAGAGUCUCACAAUUCACGACUGGUCUGGUUUGACAACAUUACCAGAUUGGAUAGGCAGCCUCACCUCGUUAACUGAUCUUGAAAUUGGUCCUUGCCCUGCAUUGACAAUCACUGCCAGAGGAAUUGUGCUCUUUUAGAAUCCUCAAGAGUCUCACAAUUCACGACUGGCCUGGUUUGACAACGUUACCAGAUUGGAUAGGCAACCUCUCCUCACUUGAAGAGCUUCGAAUUUGUAAAUGCCCUAAAUUGACAUCACUGCCGGAAGAGAGGCGUUACACAGUCGAAAUCAUUUGUUAACAAUUCGGGAAAUGAGUGGCCCAAGAUUACUCGUGUCUCAGAAAUUAGUUCAGAAACGAACUGAUGCAGAAAGCCAUUUCAGAUAUCUGGAAUUGCGGUGACUUGGCAUCCUUGGAACUGCGUUCAACCCCUCUUCUUUCUAGUUUAUACAUCUGGGAAUGCCCUAAGCUGACAUCCUUGCAAGUGUCUUCGUUACCUUGUCUUAAGACACUAGGACUGCAUAAAGCGAGAGGAGAUUUUACUUUCCUAAAGAAGCUUAUGAUUGACCUAAAGCCCAAAGAAGACCGGUCUUGAAUUGGCCUAAAAUUUCACAUGGCCCAGAAAGCUAUAUCUCUUAGAUGACACAUGCAAAAAGGAAUUUUUCUCUGUUUUGAAUUCAGAUGUCAUUGAUGUAAAUUCAAUGUAAAAAAGGGAUGAUGGUGGGGCUUGGGCAUCUCUAUCAGUGGAUGCAAUUUUUUAUCACCUUUGAUAGCUUGAAUAAAUAUUGCAGAGAGCGUUUUUGUCAAAUAAGGAGUUGGUGCCUCCACUAUUAGGGCUUCAAAAUGUUAACAUUCUGGAAAUCCUUACAAUCAUCAAUUUCUCUAGUUUUGCAACUUAAUCAAACUAGAAGACAGUCUGGCAUCUCUUAAUGAGCUUGAAAAUGCUGUUGGCCUUGAAUUGCAAUCACUGCCAGAAGGGAUGUGUCACUCAACACUUCAAUUUUCCCAAAAUUGAUAUUGACUAGCAAUGAUGUAAUUGUUGUCAAUUGAAUGUACAAGGGAUAAUGGUGGAGCUUGGACAUCUCUACGAGGGGAUUCAAUAUUUCAUCACCUUUGAUACCUUGAAUAAAUGUUGCAGUGAGCUUCUUUUGUUAGAUAAUGAAGAUGAAGCUUGAGUUGGUGUCUCCGGUAUUGGGGCCUGGAAAUGUUACCAACACAACCACCUCCUUCAUUUCCUUAUCUUUCACAAUUAGAUAUCGAGUAUUGUAAGGAGUUAGCGUCCUUGGAACUGCAUUCAUCUCCUCUUCUUUCUAGUUUAAAGAUCUCGCAAUGCCCUGAGCUCAGAGUCUUUUUUCUAUUCUAGACAUCCUUGCAAGUGUCUUUGUUACCUUGUCUUAAGAAAUUGCUACUGUCUACAGUGAGAGAAGAGGUAUUGCGGCAGUUAAUACUUGUUAUUGAUUCUCCAUUGGAGUCUUUGUCCAUAUAGAAGAUAUGUGAUUUUGAUAUUUCUUCUAGAUGAGCUGCAUCGACAUGUUUCAACUCUUCAACGUCUCUCAAUUUACAACUAUUGUGGUUUGACAGCAUUACCACAUUGGAUUGGCAGUCUCACCUCAUUUGCACACCUUAAUAUAUAAAAUUAUGAGCACCUUACAGAAAGAUGUCGAAGGGAACUGGCCCAAGAUUGAUUAUAUCCUAUAAAUUAACAUGUACCUGCAUUAGUGAAGAGUGAACUUAUACAGAAUGUCAUUUCAGGUUUCACCUUCCUUAAGAAGCUUUAUGAUUGGCUUAAUGCCUAAAGGGAUGCUAAAAGGGGACAAGUCUUGGGUUGCCCUAAAGAUUUCACAUCGCCCAUAAAAACAUAUCUACUAGAUGACUAGUGCAGAAAGGACUUUUGCUCUGUUUUUAAUUCAGGUCUGCUAGUGGGCAUGUAUAUUUCUGAUUUCACCUUGUUUAAGAAACUCAUGGUUAUUCAUUGGCCCAAUGGUUUCUUAUAUGCCAUUGCAAAUAAGGAUGAUGGUGAGGAUGGGCUGAAUAUUGCCCAUGCCUUGGAAAAAAGCUAUUGAGGGUUGGUGCAAAGGCUUAUAGCACCUAUGGAGCUUUGAAUUUAUUCUUGCCCUUAUAUCACUGCCAGAAGAGAUGCAUUCCCUUAGCGCCCUACAAAGACUAGUACAGAAAGCUACUUCAGAUUGCACCUUACUUAAGAAGCUUGUGAUUAGUCCUUGGCCCAACGUGAAAUCACUCCCUACAGUAGCCUGUUUGAGCUUGAAAGCACUUCAAGAAGUAGAACACCAACAAUUUGAGUGAGUUUCACAUCUUACCAAUUCAUAUGACAAUCUAGUUACGUCCCUUCACUUGAGUUUCUUGACCUCUGGGAUUGGAAUGCUUUGGAGUACACAAACAAUAAUGGUAAUAUCUCUCUAAAAGGAGGUGCUCAACAUGUUAUCACCAUCCACACUCACAAUUGACAAUUGUUCUGCUUUUGCAAUACUACUAUCACUUAAACUCAUAGAGCUUCAAGUUCAUUCUUUCUUUGAAUUGACAUCACUGCAGGAUGAGAUGCAUUCCUUAUCACCCUCCAGAAACUCAAAUCUACAAUUAUCUAUGUCUAUUGGAAAGAUGCCAAAAGGAAUUGGUCAAGUCUGACACAAGAUCGCUCAUAUCUCAAAAAUUUAUAUUUUUGUGAAAAUUCUACUAAUACAUAAAGCCAUUUCAAGUCUAAGAUUCCAACUUUUCUUCUCAUUCUCUUUAGCCUUGUUUUAAUUAUUUGACAAUCAAUAUGCACUUGUUAUAUUCUACUUUCAUAAUUAUGGCAUGAGACAACAUAUGAAGCAAAAGAUAGCUUUGUUAUUUAUAUUUACACCUUAUACAUUUGAUAGCUUAUACAAUAAGAAUUGUGCAUCUUCAAACCAAUUUCUAAUGUUAUGGAUAAAAAAUGAUCAUGUUAUUUUAUGUUUUGAAUUCCAAGAAUUUAUGGAAAUGCUGGCUUAGAUUACAUAAUUUAUCACAAAUUUAAUUAGUGUCCCUACUGCCAAAGGGAUAAUGGUGCAAAUAUCUUGGGAAAAUCUGUUCUUACAUUUACUACCAAAUAGGCUUUAGGGUUCUUGAGAAACCCAUUACAUGUUGUCCUUCCUGAGUUUGGGCAUCAUUCUUAUACUAGCUUGAGUAAUAUCACAAACUCAUAUGGCUGAGAGAGACCAUUAGUUGCCUCAACUGUUUUCUAUAUUAGAGAUGUAAGCAAAGAACAAAAUAUUGAUAUAAAUAGAAGUAUAAAAAACAUUUACAAAAUUUUGAUCUUUAUUUAAAAAAUCAUGGAAAUUAUAAAUAACACAAAAAUAAAAUAAAAUUAAAUGAAAGUAGUUAUAGAAGUGUUAAUGUCACAUAAUUUAGAAAAGGGUGCACAUAGCUACUCCUAAUAAAACAUACAAACUAUUAUAAUAUUAUAUAAUUUAACACUUAAAAUAGAUACUAUAGAAAUUGUAAAUAAAAAAAUCAUCAACUACUAUAUAGGAUUUUUGCACAUUAUAAGAUUUGGUACUCUAGUAAAUUAUGUAAGGGUUUAAUAAUAUGAUUCUUAUCAACAUUAGAGAUCAUAAGACAUAUACAAGACAUAGCAUCAAAGAUUUAUAUAGAUAAUUUAUCUUAUCUUUAAUUUUCCAUGAUUGUGAAGUGCUUAGCUUAUUAAAUAUUUUAGGCCAAUCUAAAAGGAAUAGUGGUGAAGAUCAACCAAAUUUUAGUUAAUGUCCUAGAGAUUUAUGUUGAAAAACUAUGCAUGGAUAUUGUUGCAUGUGGAUUUCCAUCAACUCCUCAAGCUAACCUCUCUUCAAUUUGUGUCUCCUCCAUAAUAUGUCUUUGUUAUUUAGCUUAUUAAAUAUUUUAGGCCAAUCUAAAAGGAAUUGUGGUGAAGAUCAACCAAAUUUUAGUUAAUGUCCUAGAGAUUUAUGUUGAAAAACUAUGCAUGGAUAUUGUUGCAUGUGGAUUUCCAUCAACUCCUCAAGCUAACCUCUCUUCAAUUUGUGUCUCAUCCAUAAUAUGUCUUUGUUAUUUAGGUUAAUGCUUUUGGCCUUUCAUUUUGCUUUUGAUAUGUCGUCAUUAUCUUUUCCCAACUAAUUUGAUAAAAACUAUUGCACUAUGGUUUUGGUCAGUGUUUUGAAAGGCGCUCUUAGAGGCGCGCUCUAGGGCGAGGCAUCUAGAAAACGCCUUAAGGCGUUGGCACAACAACAUUGAACACAAAAGGAAAUGCCUUUGACGCCUUGCUCACUAAAGCGUGAGCCUUUGGUUUGCUAAGGUGGCUAAUAAAAAAAAAAUAGAAACAACUUACCGUUGAAGACUUUAUAACCCCGCAAACACAUUGAAGACUGAAGAGGGAACAAAGGGAACAAGUUGGGGGAGAAACCUAACCCUAACCCUAGCUCUUCGUGGUUCGUACCUUCGAUGACCUGAAGAUUAGCUUCUUCUUCGGCAACCUGAAGAUCGACUUCUUCUUCGGCAACCUGAAGAUCGACUUCUUCUUCGGCAACUCCUCUUUCUCACUCUGACGACUUCAUCUCGAUUCUCAAUAGGUAAGGGAAGACCGAUGCUUAAAGACUCAUGCUCUCUUUAAUUCAGGUUGGACAUGCAUACAUGAGUAGAUAUGCUUGGAAGUGAAGAUAGUCUCCUGGGCUUUUUGUAUCAAUGCCAAUACUAAAGACAUAAUACUUAGUCUUGGUUGAGCAUUAAUGUUCAAUACUCUAGAGGCAAAUGUUGACAAGCUAUGGAUGGGUGACACCCAUGGAAAAGGUGUUGCCUACAUGAGAGCAAUUUCUCAUAAUGAAGGGUGAAGAUGAAAGUGUUAAUCUCUUACACUUGGGAACCAACAGACAACCUCAUAUUUCAAAACCAUAAAAUGCAUUACUGAAACAUGGAAAGUCAAAAACGAAUGUAUGGAUUUAGAGGAUGUCUGAUUGAGAAAAUAAUGGUGGAUUCAAAAUUCUCCAUCAUCUCUAUCAUGAGUGAUUGUUGAAGCUUUAGUUCAAACCCAAACACGAGACGACAGCAGUUGUGGAUUCUAAAUCUUCCUCAAGUGUAUUUGUUUUCUAAACAGUAAUAGACGACUUUCAGUCUUUAUACUUGUAAUUUUAGUUUGUCAGUUUUUGUUCCCAAAUUUUUUGUGGAUUCAUACAUCUUAGAGUGGUACUUUAACGCCUGUUAUUUUUUUGGGUCAUUUUUGACUUGUUUGUAUGUAAUCUUUUAUUGAGUUCAUUCUUCCUUAUGAUCUUUUCUAGAUUCUAAUAUUGAGCCUAACAUACCGAGUGCGCUUUAUAAUUAAAUUUGAAAAUUUUUUAUUUGUUUUA